AUGAUUCAAUCUCUGAAGCCAGCCGAAGAAUCACGGCAGCGACAAGAGAGCAAUAGCGUUCAGGCCGUUCCAGAGGAUGAACGCCAGUCUCUUGUCUGCCCAAUUUUACGGGGGGACGAUCAUAAGCGGGUCAUCAUGUGGGUCGAUUUGCUGAAUCUUUGGAGAUCUUCGUUCAAGAGCACUGGACUUCACCAAAGGUAUUCCUCAAAGGUAUACCUUGGCGUUUCAUACCGCAACUGGAAAAAGCUACAAGUCUUUCAAGACAACCAAUUUUACGAAAAGUGGGAGCAGAUAUACGUAUUAAACCGAAAGCACCUCCACUCUUUGAGUGUUCUGAAAAGCGUGCAAGGAAUGUCAACUGAUAUUCGCAAUGUUGUUUGCGAUGUCCGCGAGGAGAUUGAAUAA